AUGGUCACGGUAUUUGUUGACUCUGCACUUUGCUCCACAUCGUACGAGCUGGAUGACGGGAUUUCGCUCGAAACGUUGGUCUCGAAGUUGAAACUUCUCACAGGAAUUGAGGUUGAGGAUAUGAAACUGACAUUGCAAAGUAGACUUGGUGGUGAGGGCGAGUCUAUUGUUUAUCCCACACGAGAUUUGGGGCACGACUUUGCUAUCCGGUCCGUUGCUCGGAUUAUGGUUGAGGAUACAAACUCAGACUCGCUCGUCAACGCCCUGAAAGAAUCAAUCGAUAACAGAUCCCGGCAAAAUGCAAGCAGUUUUUCCCUAUCUGAAGAGCAAUACAGCCAAAAACAGAAUUCUGUUCUUCAAUGGAAGAAACAGGCCAAGUUGGGAAGGUUCGACCCAAAGUACUCCUCAAAACGUGCCAUUGAAGACUCAUUGAUUGAUGAUCGGUUGAAAGAAUUGGAGGUUGGUCAACGGUGUUGUGUGACCACAGGCAAUAAGCCCAAUCAGCUCGAGAGAAGAGGAUGGUUGCGGUUUAUAGGCAAAGUACCUGAUAUUAGCGAAACUGAUAUAUGGUGUGGGAUUGAGUUCGAUGAUGCUGUUGGGAAAAAUGAAGGUGCCGUGAAGGGUACUACGUACUUUGGUCCUGUGGCCAAGAACCAUGGUGGGUUUCUUAAACCUCUAUGUGUGCACACAGGUUCUGAAUUUACCCCAAGAGCAUCAGACGAUACCUCUGACGAAGAAGUAUGA